AUGGAAUCUAGUUCAUCAGACUACUGUAAUAAAGACAAUGAAGAGGAAAGUUUGCUUGCAAAUGUUGCUUCCUUAAGACAUGAACUGAAGAUAACAGAAUGGAGUUUGCAGAGUUUAGGGGAAGAGUUAUCCAGUGUUAGUCCAAGUGAAAAUUCUGAUUAUGCCCCUAAUCCUUCAAGGUCUGAAAAGCUAAUUUUGGAUGUUCAGCCUAGCCACCCUGGACUUCUGAAUUAUUCACCUUAUGAAAACGUUUGUAAAAUAUCUGGUAGCAGCACUGAUUUUCAAAAAAAGGCAAGAGAUAAGAUGUUUUCAUCUUCUACCCCUGUGGAUCAGGAGAUUAAAAGCCUUCGAGAGAAACUAAAUAAACUUAGGCAACAGAAUGCUUGUUUGGUCACACAGAAUCAUUCCUUAAUGACAAAAUUUGAAUCUAUCCACUUUGAAUUAACACAGUCAAGAGCAAAAGUUUCCAUGCUUGAAUUUGCUCAACAGCAGGCAGCCAGUGUCCCAAUCUUAGAAGAACAGAUUAUAAAUUUGGAAGCAGAGGUUUCAGCUCAAGAUAAAGUUUUGAGAGAGGCAGAAAAUAAGCUGGAACAGAGCCAGAAAAUGGUAAUUGAAAAGGAACAGAGUUUGCAGGAGUCCAAAGAGGAAUGUAUAAAAUUAAAGGUGGACUUACUUGAACAAACCAAACAAGGAAAAAGAGCUGAACGACAAAGGAAUGAAGCACUAUACAAUGCUGAAGAGCUGAGUAACGCUUUCCAACAAUAUAAAAAGAAAGUGGCUGAAAAACUGGAAAAGGUUCAAGCUGAAGAAGAAAUAUUAGAGAGAAAUCUAAUUAACUGUGAAAAAGAAAAUAAAAGGCUACAAGAAAAGUGUGGUCUAUGUAAAAGUGAACUUGAAAUUCUGAAAGAGAAAUUAAGGCAGUUAAAAGAAGAAAAUAACAAUGGAAAAGAAAAACUAAGGAUCAUGGCAGUGAAAAAUUCAGAAGUCAUGGCACAGCUAACUGAAUCUAGACAAAGUAUUUUGAAGCUAGAGAGUGAGUUAGAGAACAAAGACGAAAUACUUAGAGACAAAUUUUCUUUAAUGAAUGAAAACCGAGAAUUAAAGGUCCGUGUUGCAGCACAGAAUGAGCGACUAGAUUUAUGUCAACAAGAAAUUGAAAGUUCAAGGGUAGAACUAAGAAGUAUGGAAAAGAUUAUAUCCCAGUUGCCAUUAAAAAGAGAAUUAUUUGGCUUUAAAUCGUCUCUUUCUAAAUACCAGAUGAGUAACUUCUCAAACAAGGAAGACCGUUGCAUUGGCUGCUGUGAGGCAAAUAAAUUGGUGAUUUCGGAAUUGAGAAUUAAGCUUGCAAUAAAAGAGGCAGAAAUUCAAAAGCUUCAUGCAAACCUGACUGCAAAUCAGUUAUCUCAGAGUCUUAUUACUUGUAAUGACAGCCAAGAAAGUAGCAAAUUAAGUAGUUUAGAAACAGAACCUGUAAAGCUAGGUGGUCAUCAAGUGGCAGAAAGCGUAAAAGAUCAAAGUCAACAUACUAUGAACAAGCAAUAUGAAAAAGAGAGGCAAAGACUUGUUACUGGAAUAGAAGAGCUACGUACUAAGCUGAUACAAAUAGAAGCUGAAAAUUCUGAUUUGAGGGUUAACAUGGCUCACAGAACUAGUCAGUUUCAGCUGAUUCAAGAGGAGCUGCUAGAGAAAGCUUCAAACUCCAGCAAACUGGAAAGUGAAAUGACAAAGAAAUGUUCUCAACUUUUAACUCUUGAGAAACAGCUGGAAGAAAAGAUAGUUGCUUAUUCCUCUAUUGCUGCAAAAAAUGCAGAACUAGAACAGGAGCUUAUGGAAAAGAAUGAAAAGAUAAGGAGUCUAGAAACCAAUAUUAAUACAGAGCAUGAGAAAAUUUGUUUAGCCUUUGAAAAAGCAAAGAAAAUUCACUUGGAACAGCAUAAAGAAAUGGAAAAGCAGAUUGAAAGACUUGAAGCUCAACUAGAGAAAAAGGAUCAACAAUUUAAAGAACAAGAAAAGACUAUGUCCAUGUUGCAACAAGAUAUAAUAUGCAAACAGCAUCAUCUUGAAUCACUAGAUAGACUCUUGACGGAAAGCAAAGGGGAAAUGGAAAAGGAAAAUAUGAAGAAAGAUGAAGCUUUAAAAGCAUUACAGAACCAAGUAUCUGAAGAAACAAUCAAGGUUAGGCAACUAGAUUCAGCAUUAGAAAUUUGUAAGGAAGAACUUGUCUUGCAUUUGAAUCAAUUGGAAGGAAAUAAGGAAAAGUUUGAAAAACAGUUAAAGAAGAAAUCUGAAGAGGUAUAUUGUUUACAGAAAGAGCUAAAAAUAAAAGAUCACAGUCUUCAAGAGACUUCUGAGCAAAACAUUAUUCUACAGCAUACUCUUCAGCAACAGCAGCAAAUGUUACAACAAGAGACAAUUAGAAAUGGAGAGCUGGAAGAUACUCAAACUAAACUUGAAAAACAGGUGUCAAAACUGGAACAAGAACUUCAAAAACAAAGGGAAAGUUCAGCUGAAAAGUUGAGAAAAAUGGAGGAGAAAUGUGAAUCAGCUGCACAUGAAGCAGAUUUGAAAAGGCAAAAAGUGAUUGAGCUUACUAGCACUGCCAGGCAAGUAAAGCUUGAGAUGGAUCAGUACAAAGAAGAGCUGUCUAAAAUGGAAAAGGAAAUAAUGCACCUCAAACGAGAUGGAGAAAAUAAAGCAAUGCACCUCUCUCAAUUAGAUAUGAUCUUAGAUCAGACAAAGACAGAGCUAGAAAAGAAAACAAAUGCUGUAAAGGAGUUAGAAAAGUUACAGCACAGUACUGAAACUGAACUAACAGAAGCCUUGCAAAAACGGGAAGCACUUGAGACUGAACUACAAAAUGCUCAUGGAGAAUUAAAAAGUACUUUAAGACAACUCCAGGAAUUGAGAGAUGUACUACAGAAGGCUCAGUUAUCAUUAGAGGAAAAAUACACUACUAUAAAGGAUCUCACAGCUGAACUUAGAGAAUGCAAGAUGGAGAUUGAAGACAAAAAGCAGGAGCUCCUUGAAAUGGAUCAGGCACUUAAGGAGAGAAAUUGGGAACUAAAGCAAAGAGCAGCUCAGGUUACACAUUUGGAUAUGACUAUUCGCGAACACAGAGGAGAAAUGGAACAAAAAAUAAUUAAAUUAGAAGGUACCCUGGAGAAAUCAGAAUUGGAACUUAAAGAAUGUAACAAACAGAUAGAAAGUUUGAAUGACAAGUUACAAAAUGCUAAAGAACAGCUUCGAGAAAAAGAGUUUAUAAUGCUACAAAAUGAACAGGAGAUAAGUCAACUGAAAAAAGAAAUCGAAAGAACACAACAAAGGAUGAAAGAAAUGGAGAGUGUUAUGAAAGAGCAGGAACAGUACAUUGCCACUCAGUACAAGGAGGCCAUAGAUUUGGGGCAAGAAUUGAGGCUAACCCGGGAGCAGGUGCAGAACUCUCAUACAGAAUUGGUGGAGGCUCGUCGUCAACAAGUCCAAGCACAGAGAGAAACAGAAAGGCUCUCUAGUGAACUGGAGGAUAUAAAGCAACUCUCUAAAGAGAAAGAUGCUCAUGGAAACCAUUUAGCUGAAGAAUUGGGGGCUUCUAAAGUACGUGAAGCUCAUUUAGAAGCAAGAAUGCAAGCAGAAAUCAAGAAAUUGUCAGCAGAAGUAGAAUCUCUCAAAGAAGCUUAUCAUAUGGAGAUGAUUUCACAUCAAGAGAACCAUGCAAAGUGGAAGAUUUCUGCUGACUCUCAAAAGACUUCUGUUCAGCAACUAAAUGAACAAUUAGAGAAGGCAAAACUGGAAUUAGAAGAAGCUCAGGAUACUGUAAGCAAUUUGCAUCAACAAGUCCAAGAUAGGAAUGAAGUAAUUGAAGCUGCAAAUGAAGCAUUACUUACUAAAGUAAGUAAAUAUAUAACAGUAAUAAAGCAUAUCUAUGAAAACUGUACAAAAUUACGUCGCUCUAUUAGUGCCAGUGAUCUUACUUUCAAAACUCAUGGUGAUGAAGAUCUUUCUGAAGAAUUACUACAGGACUUGAAGAAAAUGCAAUUAGAACAGCCUUCAACAUCAGAAGAAAGCCGUAAGAAUCUGACUUACACCCAACCAGACUCAUUUAAACCUCUCACGUAUAACCUAGAAGAUGAUAGUUCUGAGAGUAAUGACUUUAGCACGCUUAGUGGGAUGCUAAGGUACAUAAACAAAGAAGUAAGACUAUUAAAAAAGUCUUCUAUGCAGACAGGUGCUGGUUUAACUCAG